GGAUAUAUCUGACUGAACUUUAUGACUGCUGCGUUACUGGGAAGGAAUUAAUGUAGUGAGACAGUCAGUUCCACACGUCGUUUACAUUAAUGGAGAUAGAACUGUUCAAAAGUGUAAAAAAUCACCUGAGUUUACAUAUUUGUAGACGGAAUAUAAAAUAGCAAUAAUUUAAGGCAAUAUAGUGGAUUAACUAAACGAAUAUUUAGUGAGUAACAAUGGGCGGUGUGACUAUAAUUUAUGAACAACCUUUGAGCGACGCUCGAGUGACCUUGAGAGUGUCCACCUGAUAACUAAAACUAAAUGAGGGUUAUAAACCAGUGUGAGGAGUUAGAAUAAUGAUUUACAUUUGAUGGUUGGGUUAAUGAAUUAGAUUUAGGGUUUUCAUAAUGAACUGAUCUCAGUUAUAAUGCCAAAACUCUGUUUUGCCAAAUAAAUGAAUGAAUUUCGCUCUAAAAUUCGAGAUCUGUUAUAAAGGAUUGAUUUUUCCACAAAUUAUAAUAUCCCGCGUUUAAUAGCCUAUGUAAUCAGUUCGCAAUAGAUUGUUUCGACACCAAGAUGAAUUUUUCGGUGUUUCUACUUUGUUGAUGUGGAAUUAUUUUCUUUUCGACAUUGAUGUCAUGAGCGUUAGGCUUUUAUGCUUGGCUAACGAGAGAUGUUUGGUUUUGCCUUUCUUGUUUGCGCGUCCUGAUUUCUGUCGCCAGCCAUAAUUUAACUCUGAUAAUAACGUAAGUUACUUAUCAGUCACAGAUUUAUAAUAUAGGCUCUAAAUUAUACUGUUUAUUUAAAUGCUAUCGAUAUUACCUGACUUCCCGAAAAAAUAAGAUGAUCUAAGGUUCGUAGCUGAGAUUUUUAUUGUUUGCGAGUCAAGUAAUCCAAACAGAUAUCUGUUGCUCAAAGACUGGUGUUAAUACAUUAAUUCAUGCAAAAGUAGACUGCUACACAAGUUAGUGCUAGGAAUCACGCAUUUAAUUCCCUGUUUUUUUUUUACAUAUUUAUAUGUUAAAUUUCUUAUAUUUCUCUUCUAUCUCGUUUCUUACCAUCCUCAACUGUGUUGACUUUGUUCAUCAAACAUUAUUUGCUUUUUAUCACAGGGUCUGUGUUUCCUUAUCACUCAUUGUCGUCAGUCGUCAAACCUAAUAUUAAUUUUAAACGUAACUAACACUCUUCUGACACUUCAUAAUGACGGUCUUGGGUGAGGAGUGGUUUGCUGUUGGAGACAUUUAUUUCAGAAAGCUUCAUCUUUACGAUAUGCCGUGGGGUAUGGGAUUUUCAAUAUCACAAUUCAAGACAUCCAUUUGUCAGUAUUCUGGUUAUAUAGCAAUGUAUUUGGAUGGCCAAGCGGGAGCAAAACCUAUACUUCAAAUAUAUACAUCAUCAGGCAAACUCGUUUCCCAAAGUGUUUGGAAAGAUGCACCUGGUAUAUUGCUUGGUUGGACUUUGUCAGAGGAUUUAUUAGUUAUUCAAAAAACAGGAUUCACUACCAUAUUAGAUCAUCAGGGCAAGUUUGUUCGACGUUUUAGUAUGGGACCUGAAGCUGAAGAAAGAGAAAUAAUUAGUGCUAAGCUUUUUACCAUUGAUUAUAAUACAGGAAUAGCUGUUCUUACCGGUGGAAACCACAUAUAUGUAACUACCAGUAUCGAAACUCCACGUAUGCGACGCCUUGUAGAAUUACCUGGACCAGUAAAGUCUUUAUCACAUUGGACUAUUGUUACAACACCUCUUGAAACUGGAACACCUGAUUCUUUUCGAAGCCCAUGGGUGAUGUUUUCAAACAAAAAGAGUUUGUACCGAGCUGACUUUGGAACAGUUGAAGGUAUUGAUUUAUCAAAGCUUACUAGGUCAACUGGUUCUGAUAUUUGUCUAUUGUCUAUAUCUUUAAAUAUGCAAUUUGUUGCAAUUUAUUUAACCAAUGGUGAAUUGUUAAUUACCAAUACACGAUUUACUGAAUUACAUUCACAUAUUGACUUGACUCAACGUAUAUCAGUUAUGUUGAUGAAUAAUAAUAAUUCAGCUAAUCAAAAAUUAAAUCAUCCUAAAACGAUGCUUUGGUUAACUAAUUCAGCUGUCGUGCUUCAAUGGAAUAAUUUAAUUGCUAUUAUAAGUACACAGUCAGAUAUUUAUGAAACAUUUUAUGCUGAUGAUAUAUUCUUAGCACAAGAGAUUGAUGGAAUUCGCAUUCUAUCACCUACAUCACAUGAAUUAUUACAACGUGUACCAUCCCCAUUAGAAUCACUUGGACGUAUUGGAGCAUCGUGUCCAGCCACAUGGUUAUUGUCUGCAAGUAAGAGUUUAAAAAUCAAUUGUGGACGUACUAAUGAUUAUUUAUUGCCUAUUAAACAACCUAAUCAAAUGAUUGAUGCAAUAUCACAUUGUAUUGAAGCAGCAUGUCAUGCAACUGUUGAUCCUAUUUGUCAACAAGAACUACUGGAAUCUGCUCAUUUAGGUCGAGGAUUAUUAUCAGCUAUGAUGAAUACUACUUCUAAUGCUACUAUUUCUUCUAUCACUGUUACUAACAAUAACAAUACAGAUCAUUAUUCAGUUGAGGCUAAAUUGAAAGAACUCGCGGAUCAUGCCGCAAAGGUAUGUCAAACUUUGCGUUUGUUGAAUAGCUUAGCUGUUCCAUGGUUAGGUAUUGCAUUAACAUGGCGUCAGUUUCGUGAAUUGGGACCAAACAAAUUGUUUGAACGUUUAUUGAUACGCCGUCAUUACCCAAUAGCAAUUGAACUUGUUCGAAUUCAUCAAAAACAUAAAUGGCCAAUAAGCAUUCUAGAAGAAAGUCAAAGCAAUUAUGGGACAUGCACAUUUACUCGUUUACUUGCUCAUUGGGCAUGCAAUAGUUCUGUAACAUCUUCAGGAGCAGCUACAUUGAUAUCAGAACGGGUAGCAGCUAUUGUGGAUAAGUUAUUCAACAAUUCAUCAGAGAGCAAAUCUAAGUCUAGUAAUCAUCAUGCUAACUAUUACAGUACCUCUAUUCCUCAUUUGGACUUCGCUGAUGUAGCUAGUCAAGCUAUUUCAGCUGGUCGAGAAACAGUUGCGGAGCAAAUAUUAGAAUAUGAGCCACGCGCUUGGCGUCAGGUACCAUUACUUCUAAAAUUAUCUCGUUAUAAUCGUGCAUUAGUUCGAGCAGUAGAGACUGGAAAUCCUGAACUAAUUACAACAGUUGUAGUAGCAUUGCAAGAGCAAAGUAAAUUACCACCGGCAGAUCUUGCAAUGGUACUUCGUCGGCAUCCAAUAGCUCUGGCCAUAUAUCAAGAGACAUUAGAACAAGCUGAUCAUUCUAAAUCUGGUUCUGAAAAUUCAACAAAAGCUGCUCUUUUAAAUUUUGAUCAUGAAAAUGAUCGUGCUUCAGAAGCUAAAAAAAUUGUUCUCUCAGCCUAUCAAGAAAAUAGUUUAGUUUCGCGAUUGACAUUAUUACAAAAUGCUGAAGAGAUUUAUCGUCAAUCCAAGAAUGAUUUUAUGGCUCAGGUAAGCAUAUGAGUUAAAAAGUUACUUGUAUCUACGAUAAGAAGGCCAGUAGUGAUAAUGAUAAUACAAUGAAAAGCCAAAUGUAGAGAAAAUACGUGAAAAAGAACAAAUGAAAAUUUGGAGUAAAGUGAAAAAUAAGUGCAAUUUUCGGCAAUUUUAGUCAACAUUUAUCACUAUAAAUUACAAUCAUUACAUGAACCUCUCAUCCAAGAAGUCUCCAUGUUGCCAUCUUUCAUGUGUUCAUACUUGUUGAGUAUAAUAAAUAUCAUUUACAAAAUAUCAUGAUAUUUCCAUCCCUAACUAUUUCAUAUAUUUGCUUGAAGAGAGAUAUUAGAGGAUUUAUUUAAGUUCUACACCAAUUUAUGUAAAUAGUAAUAUUAGCAAAUAAUGUUUUGAAACAUAAAUAGGGCAUUUACCAUACAAAGAUAAAUAAAUAACCUUCAAAUUUGUAUGAUAAUACAUGGUACUAUUCCAGAUAACUCGUAGAACUAUUUGAUGACAAGAAAACAUGAAAUACUCUGGUAAAACAUUUUGACAACAAUAAGUAGGAUAUAGUUUACGAUUUAUAAUAAGAGAAAUAUAUACCUUCUGCUUAUUUAUAAGCCAAUAACCGGGAACUAGCCAAUGUGCUUGGUUUUGUAUAACUGCAUAAUGUGUCGUGUAAUACAACACCAACUUCUGGAUAUCAUUAACAUGACCUGUUCAAAUUUGUUUUGAAACAAUAGACUAGUCAUCAGUAUUAUUGUGUAUAAAUUUAAAAUUUGCUUUAUACGCGUUAACAUUCACUGACUGUGUAGUACUAUUCCGGAUCCAUUUAAAUUCCAUCCCAUUAAGUUAUUUACGUUCCCACUCCCAGUAAAUUUACUGAAAUAUUAAUUAGAGAUUAUAACUAUUCGGAUUUCAUUUCUCAUUUUCUCUGUGUCAGCAAUGUAACGCACAAGUUCGUCUAUUGAAAUUCCAAAGUAAACUUGAGAAACAAGAAAUAUCUGCUCCUGUCUUCGAAAUUAAAUCCAUACCCGGCUCUAAUCGUAUAAUACCCGAGGUAGUACAGUCUGGUAGUAUAAAUGAGAAGCUUUGGGUUGGUCAAUCGUUAAAUACAACACUCAGUCGUUUGUUAGCUUCCGGGCAAUCCGAACGUCAAGCGGAUCAAUUACGCAGAGAAUUUAGAGUUUCAGAAAAACGUUUCGCUUUUCUUCGUGUUGUUGGUAUGGCAAUCAAUAAUGCAUCUUGGUUAGAAAUGGAUAAAAUGAUUCGAGCAAAAAAACCACCGGUUAAUGUUGAGAUAUUAAUCAAAAUUUGUAUCGACGGCAAUCGUAUAGACGAAGCGAUAAAACUAAUUUCUAAACUUCCACCUGAACGAACAGUCCGUUUCUGGGUAAUGAUUGGGAGAAUCGAAGAAGCCAUUCAAGUAGCUGUUCGUGAGAGAUCAGAAUAUGAUCUAUUGUAUAUUCAGCGUGAAGUUGGCAAAACCAACAAAGAAUUAUAUGAUCGGAUUACUAAUCUACGAGCACAAAUUCAGUGAUGGUUUAUAUUUUAACGCAUAAAUAGCUGGCAUUUUUUAUGAUUUACUUCAUCAAACUUGUAAAUACCGACUUAUGAUCGACUAAUUUUUUUUAUUGAACUUCUUUCUUCUAUUGUACACACAUUGAUUGAUUGUACCAUUUUUUUGCUUAAUGAUAGAACCUCUCAUAAUCCUCAUCUGAACACUUGAUUUUGUAAACAAAAUACUACUUUUACAACAAACGUAUUUCCAGUCAUUGUUUAGUUACACUUUAAGAGGGGGG